AUGACAGUUAUUAGUAGACUGAGAGCACCUACAUCUAUCCUGCUGAAGAGAAGGCUGACUGCCAGCAGGAAUAGUCACGGCCUACCAUUGGCGGCAUCCUUGUCAGCGCGGUGGUUAUCCAACGACACUGCUGCUGCCAGUAACGAAGGAGCACGCUAUUCGGAUGUCUUGAUUGUAGGAGGUGGAGUGGUUGGUUGCGCAUUGGCACGGCAGCUGAAUCAGCGGCUUCCCUCCUUGUCGGUACAUCUUGUCGAAGCCCGAGAUGCACCGACCUCCAAACCAGCAUCCAGCAACGAGAUUCCACACCCUCGUUCCUACGCCUUGUCGCCACAGUCUCUGGAUAUUUUGGGACUGUUAUCAUCGGAAGAAACUACUAGUGAUGAAAUGGCCAAUCAGGAUGUCAAAUUAGGAUGGUACGAUGCCAUGCAAAUUUGGGAAGCUCGCAAUCCAGCGACGCUUCGUUUUCACGCCGAUGAUUUGCCCUUUGACGAAGCCAAAUUGGAUCGUCCCAAAAUGCUCGGAGCCGUGGUCGAAGACGGUCCCUUGGUCCGGGCUCUCUGGGAGAAAUUGGAAUCUCAUCCACAAACCACUAUUUCUACCAACACGACGGUCCAAGAUUUGCAGCUUUCUUCCAAUGGCCAAGGAGUGGUGACAGUAGAAACAUCCGACAAUGAAAUUCAUCAAACACGGUUGCUCGUCGCAGCCGAUGGCGCACAAUCUCCCAUUCGACAACGACUCGGCGUAAAGCAAGCUCAAUGGGAUUAUGGCCGACAAGCUCUGACUUUUACAGUGGAGUUAUCUCAAGAUGAUCGGAUACCCAGAACUGCCUACCAACGAUUCAUUCAUGGCCAAGAAGCUGGAAGGGGCCCCUUGGCAUUGUUGCCAACUCAUUCCCCCCGACAUGCCAUUGUGGUAUGGAGCACCACUCCAGAAAUGGUUAAAAAGUGGAAAGAAACAGACGACAAUAAUGCAUUGAUUGAUCAUUUGCAAAACCUGCUGCAGACUGGACCCCAGCGAUUGCCGCCUCUUGUUGAGUCCAAACCGGGUCAAGUACCUCCUCUACUUUCCAAUGUCCUCUUUGGAGUGGAACGUUUAUUGGAGACAGUCCAAGAUGCGGGUGCCAUGUUGGCAGCCACCAAUUCACGAAGCUGGAUGGCUCCGCCUAAACUUUCCAAAAUCGUUUCACCCAAACUAUCCUUCCCAUUGGCAUGUCGCAAUGUGGGACAGUAUCAUCAUGCAUCCAAUCGGGUGGUGCUGGUCGGAGAUGCGGCCCAUACAGUACAUCCGAUGGCCGGUCAAGGAUUGAAUCUGGGGCUUGGAGCGGUCGAGUCCUUGGUGGAAUCCAUUGUCGAAUCGGAAGCGGUGGGCAUGGAUGUGACCUAUGGGCUGGACAGUUUUCUCCGGAAACGCCAUGCAGCCAAUUCCAGUGUCAUUAUGGGGAUCCACGCCCUGCAUGAAAUCUUUGCCGUACAGGAUAAUGUACCUCUUAUGCACGCCAAAAGUUUUGGAAUGAAUGUAAUGCAGCAAGUUGGACCAUUGCGCAGAAGGAUUGUACAGGCCGCCACGCAAGGUGUUGUGUUUUGA